ACCGCAACCGCCCGCGAAACGACGAGCACGGACGACGAUGUUUGAUAAGCGGAGCUCGAGGCCAGAGGCAGUCGGCGACACGCAACGCUACACGAGCCACACGGGCAACAGGCCGCCGAACGGUUAUUAUUGAAAUCAAAAUCGUUACGUUAACUGUAUAGCCGUUGUCGCGCUCGCGUCCGUAUCUAACUUGACACUGAUAACGGACCGUGGCGCUGUGCCGCCGCCGAUUCCGGUCGUUUUCAAACGGCUUUUGCCCAGCACCGCCGCUGCACUUUCAACCACAUUCAUGAGCGGCCGCCGAACGCGUCUCAAAUGACGUCGAAAUUCAGCAAGUAUGACGAGUAUGGUUUCGUGCGUGCCGAUGAUUUCGAUUACGUCGAGUACGAGCAAUUCAUGUCCGUGUACUUGACCGUGCUGUCCAAACGGUCAAUGAGAUGGGCUCGAAUCAUGACGUCCAACCCGCAGCUAAAGAAAACCGCUCGGCUCAAACAGUUUGUGCGCAAAGGAAUACCGUUGUCGCUCAGGGCGCAGGUGUGGACGUCAAUUAGUGGUGUACAAAAGAUGAAGGACAAGGACGGACCGAAUCUGUACAAACAAAUGCUAAACAAACCUAUCAAUGAGGAUAUUAAAAACAUAAUCUCAGUCGAUGUACCUAGAACAUAUCCGGACAACAUUUAUUUUUAUCCAACCUCUGAAAAUCAUGCUGCUUUGUUUAGAAUACUAUAUGCGUUUGCUGCACAAAAUCCUAACAUAGGAUACUGUCAGGGUUUAAACUAUAUAGUCGGUUUAUUGUUAUUAAUUACUAAAAAUGAAGAAACAUGUUUUUGGUUAUUGAGAGUAUUAGUCGAGAAUAAACUACCAGACUACUACUCUAAAACUAUGGAUGGUGUCAUUGUGGAUAUAGAAGUUUUUUCUCGCCUUGUGAAAAAAAAAUUUCCUGAUGUGUCACAGCAUAUGACUAAUUUAGAUAUGCCUUGGGCUCUGGUCAUUACUAAGUGGUUUAUUUGUCUUUUUGCUGAGGUCUUACCAAUUGAGACAACUCUAAGAGUAUGGGAUUGUUUAUUUUAUGAAGGAUCCAAAGUUAUAUUCAGAGCUGGCUUAAUGUUGGUAAAACAUUAUAGAAAUGAAUUGUUGGCAUGUGAAGAUAUUGCAUCAUUAGCAGAAUGCUUCAAGUCUAUUGUUCAACAGCCAUUUUCUUUAAACUGUCAUGUUUUCAUUAAAGAAAUGUUUAAAAACAUAGGAUCAUUACCCAUGGCAUUGAUUGAUGAUCUGCGUAGACAAGUAUCAGCUGAACGAAAUGCUGACAAGUCUACAUAUAAAAACAGAAAAGGCUAAACUUUUAUAGUUAUUGUUAUUGUUUUUAAGGAUUUUAACAAAAAAAAAAAGUAUUUCUUAAGAUGCAUAAAUUCU